GCUCUCACUUGGACCUGGAAGCUCUGUACCUUUUCUCCAGUUUAACAGAAGAAGCUCAGCUGACUGAGGGAGGAGACAACUACCUGUGUGUCAUCCUGCUGGAUUGGUAAAUAAAUCUGUGCAGCAUCAACCCCCACAGCUGUUCACAAAGMAGGUUGAGGGUUGCAUGCCUCAGCGCCAACAAACUUCAUUGAGCAGGAGUGCUCUGCUAAGGAGACGCAAAGACCUAGCUGGAGAAUGGAGGACAGAGCCGAGGAAGACUGUGUGCAGGAGAACGGACGUGCCGACGGCACCGACAGCAAACCCUGCACCUCUCCCUGCACCAGCCUGAGGAUGUUUCUGGUAGCUUUGUCCUUUGCCUAUUUUGCAAAGGCUCUGUCAGGGAGCUACAUGAAGAGCACAAUAACUCAGCUGGAGCGGCGCUUUGACAUCCCCAGUUACCUAAUAGGAGUCAUUGAYGGGAGCUUUGAGAUAGGUAACCUGCUGGUGAUUGCUUUUGUCAGUUACUUUGGAGCCAAACUCCACAGGCCGAAGAUCAUUGCCAUGGGUUGUGUGCUGAUGUCUCUYGGCACCUUCAUCAUCGCGCUGCCUCACUUCAUCAUCGGGCGCUACAAAUUUGAAACAUCUGUGAGGUGGGUGGUGAACUCCAGUAACAGCUCGCCUCCAUGUCGGCGAGGUUCAACAGUAGACUUGAUGCAAAACGAUGGACCACCUCAGAUGCCAUCCACAAGUUGUGACGGUGAUUCCAACUUGUCCAUGUGGAUCUACGUCCUCCUGGGAAAUGUCUUGCGGGGGAUUGGAGAGACACCCGUACAACCCCUGGGGAUCUCAUACAUCGAUGAUUUUGCUACUGAGGAGAAUGCUGCACUGUAUGUUGGCUGUGUGCAGACCAUCUCUGUGGUUGGCCCCGUGUUUGGAUACCUCUUAGGUUCCCUUUGUGCUAAACUGUAUGUGGAUAUUGGAUUUGUAAAAAUGGAGUCUAUCACCAUAACCCCAGCAGAUGCCCGCUGGGUUGGAGCAUGGUGGCUGGGUUACCUCAUUGCUGGAAUCAUCACCCUGCUCUCUGCCAUCCCGUUCUGGUUUUUGCCCCGCUCUCUACCCACAUCCGGGUCCCAGCUCCCAAAGCAUUGCACCCAGGAGAAGACGAGUUUUCUUAAAAACCCGCCACAUCUGAAGAACAAGUAUGAAGCAGAGGAACACACCAGUUUUAUAGAGAUGGCUAAAGAUUUUUUUCCAACCCUGCGAACUCUGCUGGGACACCCAGUGUACCUAAUCUACUUGUGUGUGACCGUCAUCCAGCUGAACUCUCUCAUUGGCAUGGUCACCUACAAGCCCAAGUACAUCGAGCAGCAUUUCAGGCAGUCUGCCUCRAAAGCAAACUUUCUGAUGGGUGUGAUCAAUAUCCCUGCUGUGGCACUGGGGAUGUUUUCUGGUGGUCUGCUCAUGAAGAGGCUGAAGCUGAACAUCAUGGGAGCAGCCAAAGUUGCUUUUGGCACUUCCCUAAUUGGUUACAUUCUUUCUCUGUUUUUCUUCGCAAUGAGCUGUGAAAAUGCYAAGGUGGCCGGGGUGACGUUGUCGUACAACAGCACAGACAAACUGGCCUGCAACUCAGACUGUCUGUGUUCACCAAAUGAGUGGGACCCUGUGUGCGGGAAGAACAGCAUCACAUACGUUUCUCCGUGUCUUGCUGGCUGCACCACUUCUACAGGCUCAGGGAAAGACACUGUCUUCUCGAACUGUAGCUGUGUCGGCGCGGCUGGAAACUUUACGGCCAGCACAGGUCAUUGUCCUGAAAAGGACGACUGCGACAGGAUGUUCCCUUACUUCCUUGCCCUCUCUGUCAUCACUUCCUUCAUCAUCUCCCUCGGGGGCACGCCAGGCUACAUGUUUCUCAUCAGGUGCAUCAAACCACAGCUGAAAUCUCUGGCUCUGGGUUUCCAUGCUUUGGCAACUCGAACUCUUGCAGGGAUCCCUGCACCCAUCUACUUYGGAGCAAUCAUUGACACCACUUGUCUCAAAUGGGGUCAGAAGAGAUGUGGGGGUUUAGGAGCCUGUAGGAUCUACAACACUACUGCAUACAGGAUAGCAUACCUCGGCCUAACGUUAAGCCUGCGGACUAUCUCAUUUAUCAUUUGCAUUCCGGGCUUCAUUCUGCUCAGCCGGCAGCUGAAGGAGGAGAAAAAGCGUGCCCUACAUGAAUCUCUGUCCAACGGUGGGACUGAGCUGGAGACGCUCAGGAAAGAGGAGUUUGUUAUACUGAAGUCUGAUGAAACAGUUCACACGUCAGACAAUGGCACAGAGGAGUACAGUCGGCUGUGACCGUUGAUCCACCAGAAGUGACUUUCUUUUUCCUCCUUUGUUUUGAUGUGUGCUUGUCACUCAAGUAAGUACACACAACGUUUGUACAGUCUGACACUGUAAACAUGCACUCAUACUCAACUGAGAUUUGCAGGGAAUCACAUAUUGUGUUUAAUCAUCUUAUGUACAGCAUAAAAUCUAUAUUUGUACUACUGAAUGUGUUGAGGUUAGCAAUGGAUGGAAACAGAACYUGUUUCUGGAAUGUAYGGACUUUUCUUUAUUCUGGCAGACAGAAACGUUGGUUUUGAUCCCUACACAAAGACGGGACCAGAAGUGUGAUCUAAAGAACACCAGCAUUACUGAGCUGCCCCUGUUAGGUCAGUUCUUUCAAAAUGGAGGCUUUUCUUCCUGUCACUAAUGUUACAGAGCAGACAAAGUAAAGCUGUUUUUUGCAGAGGCACAACACAAAACAGGAGGAAAAUCAGGCUUGUAAAGAUUUAUUUUUCCAAUAGUUUAUAGUGAUCAGUCAGCUCUUCUGAAGUGGGGUUCUAUAAAGAGGUUAUGAACAGUUAAUAUCUUACAUGUUGCAGAUAGAACACGAUCGAGGCGGUUUACCUGAGCUGUGGCCAAAAGGUUGUC